AUGACCGGAGUUGACAAAUUGGAGGAUGAGGUCAGCAAGCUCGCUACUAAUAUCAACCAAGCGUACGAAAGGCUUCUAUCACUGGAACGUUACUCAAGAGAUCUUAACCUACGAUUUUACAACAUUCCCCAGGACUCAAAUGAGAACUGUACUGAACAAUUGAAAAAAAGACCAUAUUAUCUAAUGAUUUGGACAUGCAUCAAACCCGUGAUAGAGAACGGACAUAGGAUUGGGGGACCCAGGACUAGUGCUUCAAAUGACCCGAGACCUGUCAUUGCCAAGUUUAUCUAUCGACUGGAACGUCUUAAGGUAAUCCAGAAAAAGAGAAGUCUAAAGAAUGAUAGUCCGUGGGCCAGAAAAUGAAACCCUCCCCCCACCCCUCGGGGACUUUUGCAGACAUUUAUCAUUUCAAAGCUUCACCCAAGGGUAUUUGAAAAAUGCAUGUUUGCACUUGAUUGGUUGGUGGGUGUGGUUGUGCAGCAAAAUUUUUUUCCUCAGCAAAGAGUCACAGGUUACCCACACCAAGAGGUGAGUUAACCUCUUCUGAAACACCAUUACCGAUAAAAAUAACACUCAAAGUUAUUUAAGGUAAAUUAAAGUAUUUUUAAUCUCAUAUGCAAGUUAAAAUUAUCUACUUUACUUUUAAGUUCCAAAAACUACUACUGCGCAUGUCACAAGGUAAAAAGGAAUAUAUGUAAAAUAGUGGACAAUAGCCAUGGAGCACUUUUACAACUGUAAAAAACUUUGUGAAUAAACCUUUUGCAAAUUUAAUCCCCCACAUUAAUUUAGCAGAUGUGUGUUACAUUUAAGCGUAACUGGGCAGUGAUGUCCCUCACCUUGUUUCAGGUUUCAUGUUCAGUGCACGAAAAGUCCCCUGUAGAGCCAUAUUUUCUCUUUGAACAAGUUUAUCAAAAAUCAUUUUCAAAAACAACACAGCUAAUAUCUUCGGAAUCGACAGUAACAUCUUCUUCAUCCUCAGAGGAUGGAUUCAAAGGGUCGGUUAUGAUGUCGGCGAGUUCCUGAGGCAUGAGAUUGCCGUUCGUCCAGCAGAUUUCAAGCUCACCUUCGACGUUAGUGUUCCAGCCAUGCCCGUCUGGCCCCGGGAUACUUGCUGUUGCCUGAUCAGC